AUGAUUGCUAGGGGCACCACCGCCAUCCCCAAGCCACCAUCACCACCUCUUGCUGCCGCUUGCUCGGCCGUCCGGGCCAUCAUUGCUCCGAACCGUCACCACCUCCGCCCAACCGAGCUCUUCCCCCCUUGGCCGUGGGUUGAGCCACGACUGCCGCCGUCUUCGGUGCGCCAUUCAUGCUGUUGUUGGUGCCGUGAGACUCGUGCCUUCGUCGCCUUCGCACCACCGUCGCCGCGUGCUCGCCGUCGCCAGAUCAAGAAGAAGCUGGUGAAGAAGAUGAGGCAGAAUAGGCCCAUCCCUCACUGGAUUCGCAUACGAACCGACAACACCAUCAGGUACAACGCGAAGCGCAGGCACUGGCGCCGCACCAAGCUAGGGUUCUGAGUUGUUUUCAUGGGAGGAGGUGCUUUUGCUUUGGGUUAGAGCUUUUUAGUUGUUGUGAAAGAGACCUCUCGAUGUUUUUCUAAUUAUUGCUUUUAAGCGAAUUGAAGACUUUUAAGGAAGCAAAUAGCUGCUUAGAUACAAUGUUGCUUUGUUACUCUCGAGCACAAGCAUUUUUUAUAUCCGAUGAUCUGCGAAUUAUGGUAGUUUCUGUUGCUUCAUGUGGUUUUGAUAGUAUCAGGGAUGGGAUUUUAGUGAAUUUUAAUGUUGCUUCAACUUUAUGUCU